UCGCCGUCACACACAAAUCUCGAAUUCUCUAAUUAUUUCUAUUUCCGAUAGGGGGGAAAAAGAAAAGCCCGAGACCUCGGAUGACCGGAGCAACCGCCAAUUCUUCACUGCGCAGCCAUGGGAGUACCGGCGUUUUACAGGUGGAUAGCUGAUCGGUACCCGCAAUCGAUCGUCGACGUAAUAGAGGAAGAGACGAAAGACGAAAAUGGAAAUCAAAUACCGAUCGAUGUCUCUAAACCUAACCCUAACGGCUUCGAAUUUGAUAAUCUUUAUCUCGAUAUGAACGGGAUCAUUCAUCCCUGUUUUCAUCCCGAGGGCAAGCCGGCACCUGCCACUUAUGAUGAUGUAUUUAAAUCAAUCUUCGACUAUAUUGACCAUCUCUUCUCAUUGGUUCGUCCUAGAAAGCUUCUCUAUAUGGCAAUCGAUGGUGUUGCCCCUAGAGCUAAAAUGAACCAGCAACGUAGUCGACGCUUUAGAGCCGCAAAAGAUGCUGCUGAGGCAGCAGCUGAAGAAGAGAGAUUGAGGAAAGAGUUCGAGGCUGAGGGGAAGGCUUUGUCCCCCAAGGAAAAACCUGAAGCAUGUGACUCAAAUGUUAUUACUCCUGGCACUUCAUUUAUGGCUGUGUUGUCUGUAGCUCUUCAGUAUUAUAUACAAUCUAGGUUGAAUCACAAUCCUGGCUGGCGAAAUACAAAGGUUAUUCUUUCUGAUGCGAAUGUUCCCGGUGAGGGAGAGCACAAGAUUAUGUCAUACAUUCGGUUACAACGUAACCUUCAUGGCUUUAAUCCAAACACGCGGCAUUGUCUGUAUGGUCUGGAUGCUGAUUUGAUCAUGUUGUCCUUAGCUCGGGUGUGACAGAGACAACACAAUACAAAAGAAAGACAAUGUGACUAAAGCACAAGUUCAUGUCUUGAACAAUAUGUUGAUGCUAAGAAGGAACCAGUAAACUAGAAUUUAUCCAGCAACAUUAAAGAUGAAAAUGACAUCAAAUAAUGCGGAGAA